AUGGCCACAGAUAUAGAAAAAGAAGAAUUCAAACAAUUUGACAUUGUUACAGAUUAUUCAGAUCACUCCUACAAAAACAAUGUAGUUCGCUUCACAAAUCCACAAAGAAUCACGAAAGAAUGGAGAAAUCUAGAGAAAAAUCUUCCAGAUUCUAUCUACGUUAGGGUUUACGAAGGCAGAAUGGAUUUGCUCCGAGCAGUCAUAAUCGGUGCCGACGGAACUCCUUAUCACGACGGCCUUUUCUUCUUCGAUAUUAAAUUUCCGGCACAUUACCCUAACCAACCGCCGCUGGUAUGUUACCGAGCACACGGCAUAAAAUUGAAUCCAAAUCUUUUCUCUAAUGGUUACGUUUGCUUAAGCUUGCUAAAUACCUACGGAUCAAACGAAAAAGGAGCAUUAUGGGAUCCUUCACGUUCGACGAUUUUUCAAGUAUUAUUAUCAAUUCAAGCACUUGUUCUCAAUAGUAAACCCUACUUUAAUGAGCCGCAUAUGUUCUCAUCGAGUGAAGAAACCCUACAUUACAAUAAGCAAGUUUUCACAUUGUCAUGCAAGACAAUGUUGUCUUUGUGGAGAAGACCGCCGAAGAAUUUCGAGUGUUUCGUAAAGGACCAUUUUAAACUUCGUGCUAAUAAGAUUUUGAAGGCGUGUAAAGAUUAUGACGAUGGUAAUGCCAUUGCCGGGAGCGAAGAGAUCGUGAACGGAAAUUGUGCGAAAGCAUCUAAAGAAUGGAAGAUUAUGAUGAAAGAUGUGCAUUCUUUGCUUGAUGCUGCAUUCAACAAGAACCAAGACGUUGGACCGAACAAGCUUCCAUCUUUAAAACCAACUAAAACUGCAUAUCUCGAAACUUUAAUUAUCAUAGCAAUGGUUAUUUUUCCUAUAAUGCUAUUUGGCAUUGUCCUUGGCAUGAUUUUCAUUCACACAUGA